GUGCGUUUCUGGCUCCCUGGAUUUGUUCUUCGGGCUCGUCGAACGUGCGCAGCAGCCAGUGCCGCGCGUGAAUGAGUUCUUCUCCCCAGCUCGACGGGGAGCAUGCCGUCGUCCGAACCCGACUCAGGUCCGGACUCGGCGCUCCCGCCCGGAGAUCGUGGCCGUCGACCGGUGCUCGGCGAGGGCUGCGCGGCUUCUGAUUUGAGCGCGACCGCUCUCCGCCGCGAUACCCUCCGUUUCGGCCGGUGCUUGCGGCUCGCGCCGUCUCCUUUGUCUUCUUCGGCUUCGAACCGGAGCCCGCGUGGAUUUGGCGUUCAUCGUGGCGUCGAAGACGUGAGGUGCCGUCCGUCGCCACUCUGCUCCCGCUGGCCCGAGGAGUCCGUUGUUGCGCCGCGUUCUGUGCCAGCAGUGCUCGGUGUGGUGGCCUCGGCAACGGCCGGUGUCUGUGUCGGUUCGCGCGCUUCUCGCUUGCGGCAGCGACGCUGGUCGCACCCUGACGAGGCGGCAGCUCGGCGGCGGUGCUCAUCCGGCCGCCCGUCGUCAUGGCAACGCUAGGCUUGUCCAAGGUGUUCAUACUGGACAAGUACUUCGCCGAGUUGCAGAAGUUUUGGGAGACGGAGCGCAAACUGCAGGAUGCGUCCUCGUCCAACGAGGCGGUGCACCUGCAGCAGAGGCUCAAGAGUCUCAGCUGCGAGCUCGUGACCCUGCGCAACCGCCUGCACGUCACCGAGGCCGGUGGGGGACAGCAGCCGCAGGUCGCGACGUCACCGCCGGCCUCUUCGGUGGCCAUCCUGCAGGAUGCCUCGGCCGCAGCAGCGCGGGUCGGAUCCGGGGCCUCCGCGGCACCGGUGUCGCAGGCGACCGCGGGGCUGGCGCCCGGAGUCGGGGCCAUCGGCUCGCCACCCGCAUCGGCCACCGCCGGUGGUGUCUCCCCGGGUGCCGCCAUCGUGGAUCCCAGCCAUGUGCCCGUGGGAGACGGUGGCCCCAUGUCCCACCCGCAGCCACCCACCGUGCCCCACCCGGCGCUCAAGGACAAGCACGUCCUUCAGCAGGGAAACGCCACGCAUCCCUACGGGCAAGGUGACGUGAACACCGCCAAGCUAGCGGCGUGCAGAGCCAGCUCCGGUGUCGUUCCGGGGCCACCGGCCGGAGCAGCCACGGUGGCCGCGGUGCACCACCAGGGUGCCAAAUCGUGCGCAGAGGUGCGCGACCUCAUUCACCUGCCCGGCCCGCUGACCGAGGACGCUGUGCUCAGGACGCUCCAUGCGAGGUUCUUCAGCCGAGAGUACUUCACCAACGUGGGUCCCAUCCUGGUGUCGGUGAACGCGUACCAGGACACCGGCAACCCACUGACGCUCCGCAGCGCCCACGCGGCCUCCCGGUGUCCUCAGCUGCUGCAGGUGGUACACGAGGCGGCCAGGCAGCAGGCCGAGACCGGCUACCCGCAGGCCAUCAUCCUUAGUGGUGAGAACGGCAGCGGCAAGACGUACGCGUCGAUGGUUCUUCUUCGCCAGCUGUUCGACGUGGCCGGCGGCGGAUGCGAGACGGACGCCUUCAAGCACCUGGCAGCCGCCUUCACCGUGCUGCGCUCACUGGGCUGCGCCAAGACGCAGCAGAACGCGCAAUCUAGUCGCAUCGGUCACUUCAUCGAGGUGCAAGUGACCGACGGUGCCCUGUACAGGACCAAAAUUCAUUGCUACUUCCUAGACCAGACGCGGGUGGUGCGGCCGCUUCCCAACGAGAAGAACUACCACAUCUUCUACCAGAUGCUCGCCGGCCUCAACCAGGAGGAGAGAGGCAAACUGCACCUGGACGGGUACUCGGUGCAGAAUCUGCGCUACCUGAACCGCGGUGACGUCAGCCAGAACGAGGCGCAGGACGCCGCGCGCUUUGAAGCCUGGAAGACGUGCCUGUCAGUUCUGGGCAUCCCGUUCCUGGACGUGGUCCGCGUGCUGGCGGCCGUGCUGCUGCUGGGCAACGUGCAGUUCUCAGACUCUGACCACCACCAGCUGGAGCCCAAGGGUGGCGAGGUCAAGGCGGUCGCCUCCCUGCUCGGCGUCGCCAGCGGCGCGCUCUUCCAGGGACUGACGUCACGGACCCGGUCCGUUCGUGGUCAGCUCGUCAAGACCGCCUCGGACGCCGGCACGGCGAGCCAGGUUCGCGACGCACUGGCCAAGGCCCUGUACUGCCGCACCGUGGCCACCAUCGUGCGGCGCGCCAACAGCCUCAAGCGCAUGGGGUCCACCUCGGGGACGCUCAGCUCUGACUCUAACGAGUCGGUCCACAACCACACAGACACCGGUAGCCAGCACGCGUCAACGAUCGGCUCGAGCGGCGCCAAGUCUUCGAAGUCGAUGAGCGUGCUCAACUCGGCCGUGCGCCAUGCUACGGAUGGAUUCAUCGGCAUCCUCGACAUGUUCGGUUUCGAGGAUGUCAAGUUGAGCCAGCUGGAGCACCUGUGCAUCAACCUGUGCGCCGAGACGAUGCAGCACUUCUACAACACUCACGUGUUCAAGAGCAGCAUGGAGGCGUGUCGCGAAGAAGGCGUCUUAGCCGACCUCGAGAUCGAGUACGCUGACAACGUGCCCUGCAUCGACCUCAUCUCCUCGCUGCGCACCGGUUUGCUGAGCAUGGUGGACGUGGAGUGCUCGCUACGCGGUACACCCGAGACCUACGUCCAGAAGGUCCGCAUGCAGCACAAGACUAGUCCCAGGUUCUUCGAGGCCAAGUGCGGCAGCGCUGCUUUCGGCAUCCGGCACUAUGCGGGCAACGUGACCUACGAGGCGUCGGGAUUCCUCGAGACCAACCGAGACGUGGUUCCCGACGACGUUGUGGCCGUCUUCCACCGCAGUUCCUGCACGUUCGGCUUCGCCACGCACCUCUUCGGCAGUGAGCUCAAGGCGCUGUUCGCCGAUGGUGUCGCUCCUCGCGGUGUCUCCUUCAGGGUAUCUCCGACAGCGCACACAGAGCUGCAAAAUGGCGACGAGCCCGUGUCCACGCUAACCCAGGACUUCCACACACGACUGGACAACCUGCUGCGGACCCUGGUCCACGCCAAGCCACACUUUGUCCGCUGCAUACGGGCCAACAAGCACGAGCAGCCCGGUCACUUUGAGCGCACCGUGGUGAUGAAGCAGCUCAGGGCGCUGCAGGUGCUCGAGACAGUCAACCUCAUGGCUGGAGGUCUGCCACACCGGAUGCGCUUCAAGGCCUUCAACGUGCGCUACCGCCUCCUGGCACCUUUCAAGAUACUCAAGAAGACGGAGGACAAGGCAGUUGGAGAUUGCAAGCUCAUCCUGGAGUACUUCAGUCAGGCGAUCGAGAACGUCAAGCUGUCCAAUGCUGCUGUCAACUGGGCUCUGGGCAAGAGACACAUCUUUCUCAGUGAGAAUGCCCGGCAGCAACUGGAGAACCUCCGUGAGGGGCGGCGGCAUGCGGCUGCCGUUCUCAUACAGGCAGUGUGGCGUGGCUGGCACCAGCGGCUACGGUGGCCCAGCCUACGCCGGAGCCUGCAACUGCAUGGAAGGACGCCACGGGUUGCCAACAUGAGGUCACAGCCAGCAGUACCACUGGUGGGGGUCGGAAUCCAGGGCCGACCAAGGCCGCAGCCAAUCUCGGGAACGCCCCCGCCAGAGAUGGAACGGUGUGACAGCAAAACCAUCCAGCAGACCUGCUCCCUGUUUGGCCUGGAUUUGGAGAGGCCACCUCCUGUACCACCAAGCCGUCCAUACACUGUCAGUGGCAACACAAAGCUGGGCUACCCCCAGACCCGAGUGAUGAAGAUGAACUACCCUGAAGAAUCGGCGGGCGAGGUGAAGCUGCCCAAGAGUGAGACCGUGGUGGUUGUGGGCGCCUCGCCUCGGCGCGGUCAUCUGCUCGUCGAAUACAAAGGGCAGACAUACCACGUGCCAUACCAGUUCCUCGAGCUCAAGCCAUCGCAUCCUAGCAAUCCGGCCAGCACUAGCGGCCCUCCUGCAUCCGGAGUCAACAUAUGAUUCUGUGUUCUUUUUAUUCAUGCAAGAACUGCCUGGUGCCGUGUUGCUCGCUUCGAUUCAGUCCUUCAAUGCAGUGCUACGAACUGACAGCUUUUGUGCUGGAACAUUCUGGUCUCAACGGAGUGGGUACUGAAGGGAACCGUCAUCUGCUCUUGACUUGCACACGCAAGCCUGCAACCUGAACGAGGUUCAGGUUGAUGCUUACAAGUUGUAUCAGUUUCUAAAUGAUUGGCAUUAUGACCUGGCUAACUGUAAGAGGCUCAUUCGUGACUGGUACAUUCACACUGAUGCUAACUGCAGGGUGGGUUGUUGUAGCUGUUGCUUGUGCCAGCCUAGAAGUUGCGGUUAUCCGGUGCUUUCAAGAAGUUGGUGAUACGGAGUCAUCUUGGACAAGCAGCUUCGAGUGCCUUCAAGGUUCAGCCGGCAUAAAGGCCACAGUCCAUGUGCAGCGACACUCAGAGACCCUUCAGAGCUUCAAGGUCGAUCAGAGCCACAAGCCACCUCUCAUUCCCGUAGCGUCACACUGCUGGCAAUAAUGUCUCAGUGAACCAACCGCUCGGCGCCACUUCUGUCAAUGACUAUAAGAGUGGUUGCCUCGAGAGGGUCACUGGUAACCCAACCAGCACUGUGCAGUCCUGCCUCAGUUGGAUUUGGUGAAAGCACCCUGCAGACUUAAUUGAUUGGAGCAUUUCACCAUUUGUUUACUGUGUUGUCGAUUGCAUCCUGGUGGAAGCUCUUGGAGUCCUUAGCUAGCAUAAAUGGUAUGCAAGCAGGCAGUUCAGUGCAUUUUUCAACCCUGAAAGUUGCGCUUUGAUCAACUGUGGCCGCGCUUGCCAAACUGCCAAGACACCAAAACACUCUUGUUGGAUGACAGCCCGAAGAUCAGCUUGCUGAGUGAGACAGCACAAGGGCUGACCAGUGCACCUUGCUGUGGGAGAGAGCGUGGUCAUCUUGUCAACUGAAGUGCCUCAAAAACUUCUGCGAACUGUCAACUCACCACCGAAGUAUGCAGGGUGAAUAAUGCAGUAUUUCCGCUCAGCCAGGAAGCUGCGAGUGUUCACUUUUAAAACAGAAGCAAUGGCUUUGAACGGCCACCAUGCUUGAACUGUCAUUUCAGUGUGUGUGUAGAUCGUGCCACUCACAGUGGCUGCUGUCUUGAGGUGGUCCAUAUCCAAAUGGCAUUCAUUAAUUAGUUACUGGACAAGCUCAGUAAAAAAGCAACGAAGCAAGACAGUGUUGCUCCUGCUGCAUGCAUAUUACUGCUGAUCAUUGAAAUGGUACUGAGUUUGCCCAUGUCAAGCAUGUCACAGUGCAAUUCUCUAACACACUGGAAUGCUUUGACCACUAAUUCCAGGCGAACUGACUUUUACGUUUCGGAAGUUUCAAGGAGCAGGCACUGCCAUUGAUGAAAGUAGCUUGUACAUAGUGUUUCUGUCAGGAGCAUGAGCACUGACUUCACAUUCACUUUAGUGGUGUGCUUGAGAACAUUUUGUUUUGUCUAUGCAGAGCUGUACAGACGAUUCUGCUUUGUAACUGCACUAACAUUUUUUUUUUCUCACAGUAUGUUAUCUUAAUUGCAACACAGACAGCAAUUGUUGGAAGGGCUGCAGGUGUUCUCAUAUGUCUUAUGUUAUUAGAGGAAUAAACUGCAGAGCCAUGCCACAAUGAUGUCGUUCCCUAAUGAGUCAGUUGUCAAGAGAGAUGAUAGCAGUUGCGGGCAACUACUUAUGCGAAGGGUGCUGCCUAUUUAAGUGCUAUCGAUGCAGCAUCUUUCUAGCAUGUGCAGAGGUGUAUUAACAUGCUCAUAACCCAUCAUGUUAUUGUGUGCAUGCAGUUUUGUUCUAUAAUUGUGACAAACAAAUACUCAGGUUCUUCCGUCCCAAUGGGAGUCUUAACAUGAUGCCAUCUACUCUUCGUUUUUGUCUACAAAAUGUUAAUUUAUCUAAUUGAGAAACCAUGAUUGGGUGGGUGAUGGCCACUACACAAAGCCACUUCACAAAUUUCUGCAGGUUUCUCAGAAAGAAAUGUAAAAAAACUUCAUUCUGGGCUAAGGGGUCAUUUCCGGGGUGGUUGCUCCACCAAAUUUCCAAGCAGUUUCUAAUUUCCAGGGUGUUAGAGCGAAGCUAUGCCUGUCAACACCUGACAGUUUGCCAGCAGUCAUUUUGCGCUGUUCUGUGCAAUGUCAACUAUGUUGCAUGUGUUAAGUCGAAAGGUAAAUCAUGUGCCCGUUGUUUGCAAUGUGCCAGACAUCAGAUAAGCAGCUGCAGCAGUAAGUGCACAGAGCAGCUGCUUGGGUUCCUGCACAUACGUCUGCCAGCAUGUCUGCUGCAAUCAGACGAGAUGCCACGCACACUUGUUACCUUUUACACUGGACUUUAUUGUACAUGUGGCAAUCAAAGAGACGCAGGAAGAAACUAUUGAAAGCACAGGUUCUGCAGAAGGGUUAAUUUCUGUUCAGUUGUGGCACGAAGCCUGAAAUGAAAUACAGUUAAACCUGGAUAUAACGAAAUUGACAAAUUCCCGAAAAACUUCGUUAUAAAAAGGAUUUCGUUAUAUGCAGGUUCGGCAUGAAAAUUCGAAAAAUAAACGUUUACCGUAUUUACUCGAUUCUAACGCGCCCUCAAUUGUAACGCGCACCCGUUUUCCGUUUCCGUCGAAGCACUCAUCCUCGGAAUGUCACACCAGGUACCGGAUGCGUGAAAGCGUGUCGUUUCGCACAAGCGCGUAGCAUCGGAAACGAAGAGCGAGCGUCACGAUGGCGUCGUAUAGUGUUACAGUAGAACCUCGCUGUUACGUUCCCGGGGGCUGCGUUUUCCCGGCUGUUACGUCGUUUUCGACCGGUCCCGGCACAGCUCCCAUAGAACUCAAUGCAUUGGUAACCCCGCUGUUGCGUCGCAACUGUGGGACCGUUCCCGCAUCAUACGUUGCGAACUGCCACCCCGCGCCGGCCCGAGCGGCCAUUUUGACUUUUCAUGUCGCUUGGCUUAGUGGCUUGACGAUGGCAUGCCGCCCAAAGUGCCGGGGGCGACAACUAUGACGUAUUUUCGGUUUCCGCCAGCAAAAGUAUGGCCCUUGAGAUCCGUAUUUGCUAUAUAAAGAUGGUGUCCAUGACGCGUUGUGGCCCUAAAAUUGGUUUUGGCUCAUAGAUAUUCCUUAUAUAAGGGUACGGCCACGCUAGCGGCAAAAAACGCGCGCAUCAUGCAGCGAGCGGCAAGUUACCGCGCGUCAACGCCUUGCCGCGAGGCCACCGUGGCACGCGCGUCUCGCCGCGCGGCAGCGAAGAUCUCCCGCGCUCUCCGAACGGGCGAGCAACACCGCGAGCGCUCGUUGUUUACAUGGAGAGACGACGAUCGUCGAUUGAAAACCCGGCGCGGACCGGCGGCGUUCCGGUUGUGAUGGCUCCGUGACGUCACCCUCGUCGCUCUUGAUUGGUUCUUCAUCUCGCGGCACGCCGCAUUUGCCGCAGAACCCAUUUCGCGCGGCACGCAGACCCCCGAUUCCUGCCGCUUUUGCCGUGCGUUUCUGACGCGCGUUUUUGCUGCGUGUUUUUGCCGCUAGCGUGGCGGUACCCUAAAGUCCAAGGGCGAUAACGCAGUCGCCGCGCGCCGUAUGCUGUAUGUGCGAGUGAAAACGUGCGAGGGGAGCCGACGACCGAGUCUAAAUCUCGCGCGCGCAAGAAAAGCAGGGAGGAAGCGCGCCUUCUUCCGUUGCGCUCGAGGCACCGGCGAGGGAGCGAGGGGGGAGGGGAUAGCGGGGCGGCGCGCGGUCGCGCAGGCCGUAUCUUGAAAGCGAUCUGCGUUGGGGCAGAGUCUAGCAGUGUAGGUGCGUCGGCGGCUCGUAGCUUUCUGCGUGCUAUGUGUUCUCGGCGCUCAGUUUGCGUUGAAGCGAUAGACAACAGCACGAAGGUCACUUCGCUCGCUUCUCCAGCGGCGCUUCCACACGCCGCCAGCGUUUGACCGCGUGCGUCCGCGCUCAUCGAGUCUGAUGUGCCACAGCGUGUACCAGCGCGUCGGCAACAUCAGCUGGAAAAGGAGAGAGUGCCGGCUUGGCGUGCUAGGCCAGCUGCAGCAAGCGGCAGGAUCAGAUUUGAAUGAAGAGAGGGGGAAAGGUCACGCCCGCGGCGGCAAGAU